UUAACUAUCAGACCUGGGACCAUAUUCAGGCUGUCAUCUCUCUGACUCACAUACUAAAUCAACAGCCCCCUUCACACACUCACAGAUAGCAGACUCAUUUCAUCGCACAGCUAAGUCAUGGCGGACAAAAAGGACAGCAAGAUCCCCAGUAAAAGCGGCCUGAUAAAGAAGAAAGAAAAGAAAUUGGAGAAAGUAGAGAGUAAACCUGAAAAGGAGAAAGAAAAGAACAAAGAUAAAGGAGAAAAGGUGACAAAGAAGCCAGAGAAGACCCCAGAAAAUCAGCAAAUAAAUGAGGAGGCGCCUCAAGGAAAUGGGGAGGUAGCAGAAGGUGCCAAAGGCCCUGUCAAAGAUGAGGAGUUUGAGCUGGAGCCUAUGGAGCUGCCUCCAUUCGAGAUCAUUAUAGGAGAUCGAAUAAACCCGACCUUCUUUAAGUUCCAAUUUAAAAAUGUGGAAUAUUCCUCUGGACGCAACAAGACCUUCCUGUGCUACCAGGUAGACAUUCAAGGAGGCGCUGCAGAGACAGAAGGCCUUCGCGGUUACCUGGAAGAUGAGCAUUCGGGUUCACAUGCUGAAGAGGCCUUCUUUCAUCAGGUGCUGGCCUAUUAUGACAAGUCACUCCACUACACAGUGACCUGGUACACGUCCUCGAGCCCUUGCGCAUCCUGCUCUGCUAAGCUCGUAGAGAUCUUGCGAGCUCGCAAGACAAUGCGCCUUAAUAUCCACUGCUCCCGUCUCUUUCAGUGGGAGGAAGCAGAGAUACAGGCCGGACUUCAGGCGCUAGUUAGGGCAGGGUGUAAAAUACGCAUGAUGAGGCCUGUGGAUUUUGCGUAUGUUUGGUCUACGUUCGUUGAGAACGAGGAAGAUAACUUUACACCCUGGGAGGACUGUCAAGAUAGCUAUGAUUAUUAUGAUGAGAGAUUGUGUGAUAUUUUAAAGUAGGGUAAGCA